UGGAAAGAACAGUAACCUCUAACGUCACUUCUGCUAGAAAGAACGCACCAGUAUACACUUCUUGAACUAGAAGUUCAGCUGGAAAGAACAAACCUCAGGCCUCUAGUAUUUCCAUCCAGCAAGUAAACCAGCACGAAAAUAAGCAUAGUGUGUCGUUGGCUUAAGUUCUUUCAUUCUUUUGCGAUUUUUAAAAAUUUACAUGUUUUGCAUAGUGUGUGAAGUGUAAUACACGAAAAUGGAAAACGAUAAUCCUGUUAUAUAUGGGCUCGAAUUUCAAACUAGAGCACUGUCAGCACAAACAGCUGAAACUGAUAUCGUAAGAUUUCUAGUAGGAACACAAUCCUUAAAGUUUAGUAACAAUCAGGUUCAUCUGGUAGAACUUAAUGAAGAAACAGGAAAUUUAAAAACUCAAGUGUUUCAGCAUCCAAUAGGAGAAAUUUGGUCUAUACAAGCUUCUCCAACAGAACCUGAUAUAUUUAUUACAUGUUAUAAUAGUUUGAGUGAGGAAGGUAUUUGCCAAAUGAAAGGAGCUGUUUGGCAAUUUCCUGAGAUAAGAGAUUAUACUAAUGAUAUUUUGCAACUCAAUAAACUAGCAGAUAUUGAUACAACUCCAUAUGGCACUGAUCUUAAAACUAUUGCUUAUCAUCCUAUAGAUAGCAAAAAAACAGUUUCUGUAGUAGAUAACAAUUUUGUUUUAUGGGAUUUGUCAAAUGAAGGACCACAAGUUGUAGCAUCAGGUACUCUAGAAAGCAAAGGUCAACCACGUUUCACAAAUGGUAAAUGGAAUCCCCACAAUGGAGCCAAUCAAUUUGUAACCUUAAAUGAGAACAAUGUACGUGGCUGGGAUUUUAGAAAUCCAGCUAAUGUCACUUGGUCUAUUUUAUCUGCACAUUCACAAAUCAUUAGGGAUUUAGAUUUCAAUGCGAAUCGUCAAUAUUUUCUGUCCACUUGUGGUGAUGAUGGGUAUAUGAAAUUCUGGGACAUUCGAUUUCCGACAGAACCGGUGCUUUCACGUAUGGAACACUCACACUGGGUGUGGAAUAUAAGAAUCAAUCGUUUUCACGAUCAGCUUGUUUUAACAUCCAGCAGUGACUCAAGAGUAAUAUUAUGCAGUAUCGCAUCUAUUUCAUCUGAACCAUUUGGGCACAUGGUUUCAGCUGAAGACGAGUCUUCACAAAAUGAAGAGUCUUGCGGAAAAAAGAAAUUGGAGGAUGGUCUAGUAGGUAGAUAUGAAGAACAUGAAGAUAGUGUAUAUGCAGUAGAGUGGUCAUCUGCUGAUCCCUGGACAUUUGCAUCUCUCAGUUAUGAUGGAAGAUUAGUUCUUAAUAAAGUACCACGUAAAUAUAAAUAUCAAAUACUUUUAUGAAUUUAUUUAUAAAAUAUAAUUCUAAUUUCAAUUACA